GGAGGGUCGGAACUUGAAUAUCUUAAACGCUCUCCAAAUCGGCUGACCAGGAUACAGAGGAUGUACGAUAAAAGAGCAUUUGUGUUGUCUUCAACUUUGUUUAUGUUCUUUAUUCAAACACGAUCGACCUCAGUCAACUUUUUCCACCUUGGAUGUUUUCAAGACGAUGGUAUUCGAGCCAUGCCAAAAUUGCUCGGCAACUGGAGGUUUGAUAGCAAUGCUAUUCAGAGAUGUGCGCAGGCCGCAAAGAGAGCUGGGUACUUAGUGUUUGGAGUUCAGUAUGCAGGGCAAUGCUGGUCAGGACCGCUGGCUCAUGUGACUUACAAAAAGUACGGAGCUUCGACCAGAUGUGUGGGCGGAACUGGUUGGGCCUGGGCACAAGACGUGUACAGGAUUGUUAACGCUUCACUGAUUGCCAACUACGAUGUGAAAAGAUGUUACGAGGUCGAUAUCACAUUUCACUAUGAAAUCCCGGGAGGUCUUACAAGUAGCACCAUAAGUAACACCAGUAGGACGUUUUCUGGUCUUCUUAGUGGAAUAUCCACCAUUCUCUCCAAUCUCUCUGCGUGCAGUAGUGUCACAAUCACCAGGAAAGAUAUAAUUAACUCUCUCCCAGGAGUGAGAAGUGUUUUUUUUAGAAUACCACUGAUAUUUACAGCAUCUACAAGUGUGCCAGAUUAUGAAGUUUCCAAGAAGCUGUUUGACUGUAUCAGUACUCUAUCUGCCUACAAACAAUUUUUAGACUCAAAUACUCCAAAAAUAAAGCAAGGAGAUAUGACUUACUCCACCUACAAUUUAUCCUCAAUAUCAAACAAGACAUCAUGUUGUGGUGGGGAUAUACUGCCGCCUUGCUGUGCCGUGGGGUCAAUACGGAUUAACAGCACUAAAUGUGGCUGCUUGCCUGGGUUUAAAUUCGUUCCCGACAGUCUAUGUGUCCGUUGUCCGUCAGACACAUAUCAGAACAUACAGGGUCAAAGGUCAUGCAAAGAAUGUCAAGCAAAGAAACAGACAUUUGGAAAAACAGGAAUGACAAGCGAGUCCAAUUGCUCAGACACAAAUCCAUUGCAGCUCAGUGACCAGGUCGUUUAUCUGCCUUAUGACAUCAAAAAAGAAACUCUUGUCACGAAUGUUACUGUCACGGGGCGCUUGGAGUCUUUGGUUCAACCGUUGUUGUUUUACAUAGAGGAUGUCAAGCAACAACAGUUGUCACACAGCGAGUCAAAACGGAAACGCCGCGACAUUGACGACUUUUGUGAAGCUGCUGGCGCCGUUAAGCCAAUGAGUUAUUUCUGCGUUCACCGUCUGACUGGGGGAAUUGAAGUCACGGACGAUUUUCAUUUUAAAAAUGGUGACGAAUUUGAAGUAAAAAUUCGCGUCACAGACAGCGAUCAGUGGGGAAAAAGUGAAAAAACUGCCAAGAUCAGAUUUAUUUCACGCGACCUUUGUAGGAAUCUCCGAGCAAUUUAUGACGUAGCCGUCAAAAACUGUCUCAAUAAUUCUUCAUCUGUCACUAGACAGAACUGGUGCUUGAGUGAGCAUUGUGUGAAAUUUGGUCACAGAUGGAAAGAGGCACUGAACAAUACAAGUAGAGUGACGUCACAGACGAAUUGUUCAUUUGAUCCUCACAAUCUAGCAGCUGUCAUGCGUGAACACCCGAGUUGUCCUGGUGAUAUAGGUUUAGAUUCCAGGCCGCAACGUGCAUCAUUUCGAGAUGUUGCUGUUGGCACUUGUCAAGAAAGAAUUUUGCCCUAUGCAAAUUUGGCAACAAUUAAUUCACGCUGCAGCUGUACUUUCAUUGAGAUAUGAAGCACAAGGCAAGUUCAGAGAAGAGGAAAGAUGUGUGGGAGCUACUGUAGUUGUAACGUCUUCUUGAGAGAAAAAAUGUUAGGUUGAGGAUAGAAAACUCUUCAUACCAACGGUUGGCGAUAGGGAAUGGGGGGGGGGGGGAAGGGGGAAGGUGGCAAUUACCCAUCCCAUCCCCUCCCUUCUACUUCGAUUCCAAUUCUAUUUCAAACAAGGCAGCAAGGAAAGGAAGGAACAAUGAUGAUAAACAAACAUGGCUGCCCGGUGGACCAUCCCUUAUAGCGCUGACACGCUCUUUACGAUGAGAUGUCUGCACUGCAGGCUGAUGAAUCCCAAGAAUGAAAUUAACACCCAAUCGUGCUGGUCAUCUGCAUCAAUUGUGUAGGAUACAGGAAGCAUGUACGAUAGUUUAUCAAAAGGCUUCUUCAACAAAGUCGUUAUAAACAGAAAACAGUAGACAUCUUCGAAUUCAUGUAGCCUUGUAUAGAGUAAUUUUUCUAUUGAG